CGAACAAGGAAAUGAAACCAACGUAAGCUUUUGGUUUCCAUUAAUGUGACCAAACUGCAGGUGUGUUAAAGUUUUUAGCAGACACAGAUAUGGCUGACAUUCCCAUAAAUCCGCUGGUUGUGAUUGGUGUCGGCUCCAGCUUUGCCUUCUCUGGCCUCUUCUAUCAUUUGUACCAAGAAAAGAAAAAAGAACUGGAAAAGCUGAAGGAAAUACCCGUUUUCAAGCCAGAUCAACAUUUGCUCAGAGUGCUGAGAGCAACUCCCCACAAGCGACUUCAGUACGUUGCAGUAGAAGGUCUGGUGCAGGCAGAUGGGGAGCCUCUGGCCAGCCGGUUUGUCCCACGAUGCUUUGGUGUGAUUCAGAAGAUAGCGGUGGAGGAGCACUGGAAAUACUGGAACUCCCUCACCAAGACAUGGAAUUCUCGGACAAUGAACAGAAAAGAAACCAACAACUCAGUGCCUUUCAGUCUGGUCAGCCCUGGCGCCUACAUGACUGACUUGUAUGUGAAGAUUCAGAACCCUCUGGAGGCCUCUGGGUUCUACCUGGACAGGGUUUAUUACAAUGUAAGACAUGCUGAGGGGGGCCUGGUGAACGUGGUGCUGCAGGGCCUCAACGGGGAGAAACCGGAGGCGAUGGAGGAGAGCGAGGAGCUGCUGCGGGUGGGGAGCACCCUGACCGGCUUUGGCGAGGUGGUGCUGGAGGGGGGUCAGGUGAUGAGGCUGCAGGCCCCGCACGACGGCCGCAAGUACAUCCUGGAGCCCACUGACUACAGGAGCUUCAUGGACAGGCACGAGAGAUCGGCCAGCUUGUGGAAGAUGCUGACCGCUGUUACGGGCAUCACGGGGGCUUCUCUUCUAGCCAGAAUCCUUUACGGCCUCGUGGGGAAUCGGGACGACAGAUCAAAGUAGGCCUGUGCACGUGGACGCUGCAGGUUGAACAGCUUCAAUAGCUGUGUGACGGCUUUUUUGGGUGUCCCAAUACUGCCUCAGGUGUUUUAUCUCGGAUUCCACAGAACCGCCCUGACGCCAAGAAUAUUAGUCAAAUAUUGGAAGAAACAUAUUAGAAACACAGAAAGCACAAUAACAUUUUAGAAAACGCAACAAAACUGAAAACAAAUUAACAAAACAGACAUUUUACAAAAGACAAAAGCGACAAUUCUUGUUUGAAAUAAGACAGAACCAAAGUUUUCUUACAUAUUAUUUUAAAUAUUUUGAUGUGUUUUAUCCAGUGUUGAUCCGUUUCACCCCUCUGGACCGCCGUACUUAAUGAACCACAUCGUUAUUAUCUUGUUGAAGCUCUCUAUACACCUGACCGUGUGGCAGCUCAGUCUGAUGAAGACAAUAAUUCGAAGGUCUUUAGGCCGAACAGAGUCCACUUCAUAGGGGGUGAAUGAUGCAAGAUGAAAUCCCCGUCGGUCUAAUGGUGCACAGCAGCAAAAACACAUUCAUGUGUCCUCUAAGCUAUCUCCUAUUUGUUCUGCAGUCAUUCAUUUUGUAGUGAAAUUCUACCUUUUAAAUCAUUGUUUUGACUGUUUAAUGACUUGCAGUCACUGUUCAGCUUGUACACAAAAGAAAGCCAAUUACUGUUGUACACAAUCUUUUUUUUUUUUUUUUUUAAGUGAUGUUUGUAUUUAAUAAAACAUUGAAGCAACUGUUCUAUUCUAACACUGAGUGAGACAGUUUGUGUUGUUGACAGAUGAUACAUCUCCAGGCAGUCUGAGGGACUUUCUUCUUUAUUUGGAUGUUGGCAUUCACAGCACACAGCCCUUACAUGACGUGGCACUAUGUGAUCAAAUGUAUGUCAGCUUGAACUGUACAGAGAAGAUCCGGGUGGAUAUUAGUGGUAGAAAGCUGCCAUGGAGGGUAAAACCAACUGCCUGAAUCCCUUUAUCCAAACAACAGUUUUAAACGUUGUCCUUUCUUUUAAGCACUCCUCGUUAUUCCCCUUCCUCCUCUGAAGACUCCUCAGCCUCCUUCAGCCACUGGAUGAACUUCUGUAGCUGUUGGAGAUAAACGUGACAGGGACAGUGGGGUUGUGAGAAAGCUUCUGCAACUCUAUCGCAAUCGCUAAAAUGCUCACAUAGGUACAAAAAACAAAUACUUUCAAGUGAUUAGGGAAAUGUCUAAAAGGCACAUUGGGUUGUGAUGUGAUUUAUUCAAAUGUAAAAUAAUGGGGGCGACUCUUAUUGAGUCAAAUAAACAGCAACACACACUGCUAGACAGGUCAGGUGAGUGAACAUAUUCCUC